AUGGCUCCCACAAAGACUUGCAUGCGAUGGGCAGGCAAUCCAUUCUUGCAAGAUGCAUUUUUCUGCCGAAAGCCACUAAGGCGUUAUUACUCUCGCCCAAUUCGCCCAUACUCUUCGAGCAAUCAAUCAGCGAAACCACGACCAUAUAUCGAUCCACCUAAGCGCAAACCGCUGGUGGGAACGAGAUCCAAGGCAACACCAGCAAACCCAUCCUCCAUACCUAGCAAUUCACCCAACGCGAACCCCAAAUCGGGAGGAGUUGCUGCUCCCUACUGGCGUAUAUCGCUCGGCGUCGUCGUCUGCGGCUCCCUAAUCUACUCCAUGUUCUCCUCCCCCCUACAACUCGAACCCCCCUCCAUCGCAGACCGAGACACCCUCGUGAAGCGCGAAUCAGGCGUAACGCCCUCCUCGCCCAUGCGUCUCCGCAUGGAAGAGUUCAUCAAAGCUCAGCAGAAGGAGAUCGUCUCAACUCUCGAAACUCUGGACCCUUCGAAGAAGAAGUUCCGCACAGAUACCUGGACGCGGCCGAAUGGUGGUGGUGGAACCUCGUGCGUGCUUCAAGAUGGUACCGUCUUUGAAAAAGCGGGCGUCAAUACAAGCAUAGUCUACGGCACCCUUCCUCGCCCAGCCAUCGAGAAGAUGCGCGUGAACCACAAAGCCUUAGACCCAGACGUCGAAAGUCUCGAAUUCUUCGCAGCAGGUCUCAGCUGUGUCUUGCACCCUCAGAACCCCAAUGCGCCAACCGUGCACUUCAACUACCGCUACUUCGAAACCAUGGACGCGGAAGGCAACUGCAACGCCUGGUGGUUUGGUGGCGGCACGGAUCUUACACCUUCAUACCUGUUCGACGAAGACGCUAUACACUUCCACCGCACGAUCAAAGAGGCAUGCGAUAAGCACGAUCGAGGCUACUAUCCGCGCUUCAAGCAAUGGUGCGAUAAAUACUUUUACAUUCCCCACCGAGGCGAAUCUCGCGGGAUCGGAGGUAUAUUCUUUGACGACUUGGACGAAGAAGAAAAGGAGCAGGAACAACUCUUCUCAUUCGUCAAGGAUUGCUUGACCGCUUUCCUGCCCUCCUACCUUCCCCUCAUCGAAAAGCGAAAAGACAUGCCCUUUACAGAAAGAGAAAAGGAAUGGCAGCAGCUGAGAAGGGGACGAUACGUCGAGUUCAACCUCGUCCACGACAGAGGCACGAGUUUCGGCCUGAACACGCCUGGCGCGAGGGUUGAGAGUAUCCUGAUGAGUCUGCCGUUGACGGCGAGGUGGAUGUACAUGCAUGACGCGGACAAAGGCAGCAGAGAGGAGAGGUUGGCGAAAGUGCUCAGGGAGCCGAGGGACUGGGUGUAG